UUUUGGCCCAGGGGCGGGGGGAGGGUGUCACGAGGUCUGCGGGCAUCAGAGCCCGCCGAAGAGGCCCCCUGGCCGACAAGGGCUGCCUGGCGAACUGCGCGUGGCCCGCUGGGCGGGGCGGCUCCGGCAGCGUCAGACAGCAACGGGGUCGGCCCUCCCAGCGCUGCCUACGUUACCCAGCAUGCCCCAGCACCGAACCCGGAACUGAUUCUUUGCUACAUCCGGGUCGGGGCCGCCUCGCCUGUCAGGCUGUCGCCCCCUUGCCUGCCGGGUGCUUUCGGUGUCGGGUCAGCCUGAGCGUGUCCCGAGCGCCCGGCCAUGGCGGAUACAGCGCAGAACGGGCCCAUGCAGGGUGGCGCCGGCGGCGGAGCGGUGCAAUUUCUGAUGACUAACAAGUUGGAUACAGCAAUGUGGCUUUCCCGUUUGUUCACAGUCUACUGUUCAGCUUUAUUUGUUCUGCCCCUUCUAGGGUUGCAUGAAGCAGCUAGCUUUUAUCAACGUGCCUUGCUAGCAAAUGCACUUACCAGUGCUCUUCGACUACACCAAAGGUUACCACAUUUCCAGCUAAGCAGGGCAUUCCUGGCCCAAGCUUUGUUGGAGGACAGCUGCCACUACCUUUUGUAUUCUCUCAUCUUCGUUAAUUCUUAUCCCGUUACAAUGAGUAUUUUCCCAGUUCUGCUGUUCUCGUUGCUUCAUGCUGCCACAUAUACAAAGAAGGUUAUUGAUGCAAGAGGUUUGAAUAGUCUGCCUUUCCUGAGAAGUCUUUUAGAGAAACUAAAUGCUAAUCAACAAAAUAUUCUAAAAUUCAUUGCUUGCAAUGAAAUUUUCCUGAUGCCAGCUACAGUUUUUAUGCUUCUUAGUGGCCAGGGGAGUUUGCUUCAGCCUUUCAUUUACUAUAGAUUUCUUACAUUGCGUUAUUCCUCCCGUAGAAAUCCAUACUGCCGGACUCUUUUCACAGAGCUGAGGAUCGUUGUUGAACACCUAAUAAUGAAGCCUUCAUGCCCACUUUUUGUAAGAAGACUGUGCCUCAGUAGCAUUUCCUUUAUAAGCAGACUGGCACCAACAGUUGCAUAAUUAACUUUCAGAAACGUGUGUGUAUGUAUAUAUUGUGAACAUUAUGAGCAGCUGGCAUUUCUGCUAAUGGUUAUAAAUUCCAGUUUUUACACUGAUCUCACUCUAGUUUAUAUAAAAUUGUCUAUACACUUCCCUCUGAGAUAUUCAGUGCACUGUCUCGCAAGUAAGUCCUAAGUUUCCAAGAAAAUAUUACUAUGCUGUAUUGCUAAUUGGUGGAAGUAUGUGUUUGCAUCUUAGCCGAAAUUAUUUUAAGGAAAAAAUACCCAGUUAUACAGAAUGUUAAACAAACAGAACAUCAAAUGGUUAACAGAGAAUUGUUUUCUCCUGUUUUCCCCAUAAAAUAGAUCUACUGAAAGCAGAGAUAUAUUUAAGAAUUUUAGUCAACCCUAGCUGUAUGCAUAGCUACUAUAAGAUGUUACCACAGCAUAACUUGUAGUCUGUUACGGAUAGCAAUAGGCAUACGGACAUACGCAGUACAUUUUGAACAGUAUUCUUUUCCAUACUCCAGAUAUACCCAUACACUUAAUUUGUUUAAAUUCACGUAGUCCGCUCAUGAAUGCAAACAUGGCCCAUUUAGGAGGUAAUCAAAUGGAUUAAAAAUCUCAUGAACUGUAGUGAUUGAUGUGACAGUUUUCUGGGGGAGAGUCUUUUUUAAUGUCAUUUAAAAGUGAACAUGUUAGUAGAUCACCUAAUGCCCUCAUACUUCCACAUCCUGCAUUUGGGAGAAUUCUUAAAGAUCUGACCAUAUAAAACUCUCUGAACAGUGAGCUUGUGUUUCUAUGUGAUGAAUGUCUUUGUCACUAUAGUGCAUUCACUGACCAGUGGGCUUCUGUAUAAAAUGAAGAUGCAAUGUUUAAACUCCUACCCACCUCAAGUCAUUGUGUAAUGUAAUAGUGCAAAAAAUUAUCAUUGCAAAUGCAAGUGCUCUUGUUUCUAAAUAAGGUGAGACUGUAGCAAUUCAGGCAUCACUGCUUUGUAGAAAAUAUAGGUUAAUCUGUAGCUAGUCCUAUAUGAAUUCUUUUCCCAGUUUCUAAGAACCUCACUGAGAUGGAGAAUUUAUGUAAAGGAUUGCACCUGGUCAGACAUCUAUUGAAACAAAUUACUGUAGAGAAAAUUUGGCAUAAAUCAGUCUGUUCCUACAAUAACACUACUAAAUAUCUUGACUUCAGAAAUGCAUGUGAAAUGGAGUGCUGAUUACACAUUCACCCAGCAUACCUCCUUAUUGUAAAGGUAUUCUUUUACCAGGAAUUACAUUUGUCUGAAUUUAGCCUGUUUCCUUAAAAUUUAGGUCAGAUGUUUGGGGGAGUAGGCACAGUAUACAAUUGAUACUUUAGUUGCAUAGAAGUUAAAUUUUAUUCAUUGAGCUUCUCCUUUAUAAUUCAGUGUCCUUUACUAUUGCAUGAUCAGAUCAGACCUUCUACUAAAUAUUUGGAAAACUCUUGCUCCUUAAGUCAAAAUAUUUCCUUGUAAUUAUCUAGUUUCCUUAGGUAUUUUGCAGAUGUAGUUUAGACUUGUUAGUCAUUCGUUUCUGUCAGGAGCCAUGCAUUGUACAUUUUUGCUCAACCUCCAGGUACUGACAAAAAUGAUGUGAAUAAUUUUACUUGAUUGCUCUGACCUUGGCUUUUUGAGCAUAAUUAGCUAUUUAUGGAACUAUUACACACUGUGCAGAAGCAACUGCAUGCUAUACUCUGGUACAGCUGCUGAGACUUGCAACCAGCCUCAAUAUCUAUGUAUUCUGUGAUCUGAGUGUUUUUAUAAAAACUAAAAUUUCUACAGCAAUAAAAUGAAUGUUAAAAAAUAGUUUGCUAGUAGAUGGCUUUCUAGUUUAUUUCCUCUGUGUAAAGUAACCGCAAUAUUCUGAGACGAGUCCUGAAGUUGAGCAGAGUGUGCAAUUUUUUGUGUGCAUGCUUUUCUCUAUCUAUUCCCAUUGCCGCACUUGACUCUAAUCUAAAUGGUACACAGAUCAGAGUCCUGACACAUCCUUACAUCCACCUUUAUUUUGGAACCACCUUUUUACUUAUCCUAAGAAAGCGAGAUUUUAAAGGUUAGCACUGGUGUUCACAACCCUGGAGGGCAGCUUUCAAGAAAAAUGUUAGUUUUUCUUUUAAAUUUAAAUUGUGGUGCUUAAGCGUCAUAUCUUUUGGACCCAAGAACUUCUAGCCAGAAGAACACAAACUUAAAUCUGCUCUUGAGCCUAGCUAUUUUUUUUACAGCAGUAUGCUGUGUCUAGGACAUUGUUGAAUGUCACUGUUGGAAAGUUAACAUAUCGUUCUUAAAUGCCAUGCACAUACUUGGGGCAUGAUUCGCCUCUCAUUUACACCACUGUAAUGCCACUGACUUCAGAGGAGUUACUCCUGAUGUACACUUGAGUAAGUGAAAGGUGAAUAAAGUCCUUUGCAGUGGUGGUGUAGCUGCGUUGGUCCCAGAAUACGAGAGAUGCAAGGUAGGUGAGGUAAUAUCUUUUAUGGGACCAUCUUCUAUUGGUGGACAGUGUAAGAUUUCUAGUGACACAGCUCUUUUUCAGGUCCUUUGGUAUUUAAUUUGCAUAAAUUCAUUGAAACCUUCAUUUCGCACUGUUUUCUGUAGUCCGAUUCUGAACCAGCUAGGGGACUAUAUGCUAGUGACGUGCCUGAUUCACCACUUACUUCAUUUUUACAUGGGUAUAAUUCACUUGAUUUCAGUGGGUAUAUGCUGGUAUAAAAUGGAGUAAAACAGUGGUGAAUUAGGCCUAUUUAUUAAAACACCUGUACCAUAUGGGAGAGCAGCUGGGUGAAUAAGUGAGUAAGUCUGCAAUGAAUAGAGAACUUGAAGCAGAUGAAAUGGCUAGAAAGAGCAGAGCUAGCAGGCCUGAGGAAGGUAUGAUUCUUUCUUUCAAAGAUUUAACUGGGUUGGUUUGGUUCUUCUUUAAAAAAAAAAAAAUAAAAAAUGGUUAUUCUUUCCAUGCCUGUGCUUUAGUUUGACUAAUGCCCUAUGCUUUGUAGAAGGUUUUCUUAUUACUCUCACAGUAUUACCCAGAUUUAGCAUAUAGCACAGAAAUAUGGCUGGACAAAACUGCAGGCAUAGUUCUGCCCUUAGCUUGAACAACCUAGCUAGUCAAUGUUUCACAAUACUCACAGGACAGCCAAGUAGUGGCAAUUGUUUUGACUCCUCAUUUUGUUUGCAAACUACAAGCCAACACUUUCCAGCAAGUGUUCUUGAUCCUUUGUCAAUGCACAUAAUGGUGGGAAAACACUGAGUUUGUCAGAUAAUAGGUAUUAAGAAGAUAAGGUUGGAAAUGCUUGUUGAAAGUUUAAAAAAAAAACUGCUUCUUUAUCCCUUCACUACUUGUUUCCCACCAUUACCUGUGUGUGUGAACUCUUUUCCACAUUAUAACUAAAUUAAGCAUAUCAUGUACCAGGGAUAUCAUAGUUUGCCUGCGGAACCCAUGGGUGUAGGUGAACCUAUCACACAUGACUGUCUGACACAUCAGAAUGAAGUUUUGCAACUAAUGUGUGAAACUCAGGUUCCAAUCGUGACUACCCAUAACAAAUUUCACUUCUAAUUCCAAUAAAAGGUUUUUAGGCUGACCAAGUAGGUUGUGCUAACAUAAGUAACUCUUCUGAAAACUGAAACCAGAUGGAGUUUUGUAUGGUUUAGCUUUUCAUAAUAAAACAUUCUUAUGGCUGUAUACAGAGGAGAGAACUGGUUGAGGAACAUCAGAUUACCUUUCUUUCAGUCCUCUUUAGACAAACAUAAACUAAAGCUACAUGACCAAUUUGGAGACGUCUCUAACAUACAGUUGGGAAAUGAGCAAUGUCAGAUUUUUUUUUAAACAAAAUAAUAGGUGUCGUAUACACACCUGUCGUCUUCCUCUUCUCUAUCCAGAUUUCUUCUACUUGUAUUCCACUUUGUACUUUCUGCUGUGUAUGUAUUGUCAUCUCAUUAGAAAUGAAAAAAUACUCUGCAGUGUAUAAAAGGGAACACUAUAAAUUAAGAUAUUUUAAAUUCUCUUUAAGAAUAUUCUAUUUUCAGUCACCAUGUAUUUUUCAAUUUCUGUCCUAAACUAGUACUUCAUAUUGUUUUUGAGAUGCUAAAGGUAUUUUGCGAUAAUGUGCAUAUAUAAUUGCUUAUUAGGUACUUAUAGGGUCCUCAUUACUGUAGUAUCUGAGUGUCUCACAAUCUUUAAUGCACAACACCCUAUGAGGUAGGGAAAUAUUAUUCCCCUCUUACAGAUGGGCAACUGAGGAAGUGAGAGAGUAAAUGACUUACUCAAAGUCCUACAGGCAGUCUGUAAUAGAACAGGAAACUGAAGCCAGGUUUCCUGAGUCCCAGGCUUGUGGCCCAAUAACUGGAUCAUCCUUCUGUUCAGUAACAGAAAUGAUAGUUCUGUUCCUGUUCCAAAAAAGACAUUAAGGUCUAGAUCCACAAAGUGACUUAGUCAUUGCAUCACAAUGCCUAACUUUUAGAUGUGUAGAAAAUUACAGGAACAAUACUCUGAUCCACAAAGCCUGAGUUUAGGUACCUAAGCUCUCUAUUGCAAAGAAUGAGGAGAGCUAGUCACCUUAGAAUGCACUCCACAAAAGCCAGUAGGCUAGGUGAAGAACCACCUAAGCUAGCCAAUGGGGUAUAAUGACAAUCGGGGAACGCUGAGCCUUGUCCGCUCAUGCAAAUAGGUGCCUAAGUACUGGCUGCUGAGGUGCCUGUCUCUGUUUAGUGAUCUGUGAAUGGGAACCUAUCUCCUGUGGUCAGGUGGCUUAGGCACCUAAAUAGGUUAUUGUGGGAAUGAAUUAGAUGCCUGCCUUGCUCCACACAAAAUGGCUGGAGGAGGUGGUUCUGGUCACCUUAUAACUUUUUAACGCAGGGGGCAGAGGACUCAUAUGAGAGGUCAUGGGUGGCGGGUGAACCCAUCCUUGUGGGAGGCUAGCCCCAGGCCUCUACCCCGAUCCUCCCCUUUUACCCUUCCUCCCUCACGGGAGACUGGAGCGCGCACACAUCCCACAGCCACUGCCCCGCUCCCCCAGCCCAAGUGGGCUGGGCAGGUGGCAUGGUCCCAGCACCAGGCAGACAGAUGGGCAGCAUGGUGUGGCCCCCGCCCCAACCGGCCUGCUCCCUCAGCUUAUUGGCCACAGCAGGAAGGGAGGGAACUGGAAGCAGGUGACCAGUGGGUGGAGCGUGAGCUGUUUGGGGAGGCACAGCCUUCCUCUGUCUAUGGUACCUGCCGCCCAUGUUAGAGGUGCUGGACCUCUGUUAAAAUCCUGCUCCCUCUCAGGUAGAGAGGGGAAUUGAACCUGGGUGUCCCACAUCCCAAGUGAGUGUGCUAGGCACUAAAUUAGAUGAUAGGCACCCCCACACCAUCCAUAUUUUGAAUGGGACUCAAUCUGGUAGGCAGCCUUUGAGCAUGCCUACUGACUGGAUUGUGCUCUGUGUGUGAAUUAGACAUUCAUUUGCUGCCUAUUUUCCCUUGGUUUGUGGAUUGCUCUGGGGCAAUAGGCGGGAGAUAGGCAUCUAAAUGCCCAGAGUGAGGGAACAGCAUGUGUUCUCAGAAGCAGAAACAGAGGUGCCUGGGAAUUUUUACCCUAAAAAUGUAUGUGUCGUGUGAACAGUGCACCUAGUGUUUGGCAAGAGUUUUGUGGAUCACAGUGGAGCUUAAAACUGGGAUUCAGGUGCCUAAAUCUGAGAUUUAGGGCUUGUCUGUGCAGUCUUCCAGUUUGGAUUAUGGGUGUGCUUGGCAGCACUCACUGGCAUGCUGUGCUGAAACCACCCUUCCACCCCAUGUGGACGCUGCUGGCGUGAACUAAAAGGCACCUAGUUCACGUUAUCUUAGUCCUGUUGGAAAGUAGCACAAAGGAAGCAGAAACUGCAAUUCCUCAGCAGUCAGUGAGCAAGUGUAGCCAGCUCUUAUUACUGCUACGCCCACAGAGCUGAUGUAGAAAGUAAGGGAGAAGUGACCAUAUCAUAGAGUGACUUUGCGACCAUCUGCAAGCUGGUGGAAUUUAGAGCAGCUUGUUCUAAAUUCCCCUGGGGUUAUGGCUGGCACAGAGCUGGCUAGAAAAAUAAGGGAAUCAUAACUGCCUCCCUGACAUCUCUCCCUCUUUGCUAUUUCCAGUAGAAUCAAAGUGCAUCAGAGAAUCUGAUUCCAUGAAUAUUGGUAUGUGAGAGUAUGAGACAUCAUCAGACCAUGAUGUUUUACUGUAAUCACCUAUACUGGCUCAUUUUGAACAAAGUGGUGUACAAUAUUUGUGGAGAGGGUACAAUCAUUGUGGAAAUAUUAUAUUGCAACAGUAUCCUAACUGCUAGACACUUCACAAAAACAAUGAAGAGACAUCCCCUGCCCCAAAAAGCAUACAAUUUAAAGUUUUCUUUUUAAGCAUGGGACCUUGAACAAUCAUUUGUUAUUUCAUAAGUACAUUAUCAGUGUAAUGAAAUAAAGCUUCUUUUAUAGAGCAUGCCAGCAUUCCUUAGUAACUUUUCUGCAAAAGCUGGAUCCAAUUGCUAAUAUUGUACAGGUAAGAGAGUUUCAUUGCUCCCAUCUAUGCUAUCCACUCUAUGUAAAUUUCUAAAAUAAAUUGAAAAAUUCAUUGUUUUCCUCUAUUCAAGGACUGAGGCACACAAAUGCUAAUGUAGGGCUCAGAAGGGAAAUAAAGUUCUCCUGCAUAUUUGAGAAAAUCUGAAGCCCUUUCAAGAAAAUCUAAUAAACAUAAUAAUCACAGCCUGCUGACACUAAGGAAAAAGGACCUCAUUCGCUCUUUCUUUUAUGCAGUGAUUUACUGGUCCCUACUGAUUUCCAAAUUGGAUCACUGUAGUAAAUUAUCCAUGCCAGUACCUGUGAAAGUAAGCACUGGGAUCCAUAUUUGUUUUGUGUUCUGCUUAAAUCAGCAAGAAUGAUAAAUUUGAUGGUAUGAAAUUGGAAAUAUCAAGGGCUUUCUUCAAUGAAUGAGCAAAAUGUCUCCACUUGUAAUUUAUUGUGACCCUUUUUCAAUGUAUGAGCUUUGUAUGUCUAGUCUUUAUUUCAACACAAAUUAAAUUGCUCUCUCCUUCUA